AUGGCGUCCGCUCCCCUCCCCUCCAUCACCAUCACGGCUCCCAAUGGGGAGCAGAAAGCUGUUGCCGUCUUUUGCCUUCCUGCUGGGGAGGAAGAACUUGUCCCAGCGUGGGAACUCUUCCCCUUGGAAGAGCCGACUCCUUCUCCUGCCGCCGCUCCCGCUACCGCUCCCGCUCCUGCUGCUGCCGCUGCCGAUCCUCCCCUGCUGUCGGAUUCGGAUAUCGAUGAAAUGAGUCUGGAUGAGUUGGACUAUAAAGAGAAUCGAUGCCGCUUCUGCGAUGAGGACUUUAGCUCCUAUAAGACUCUUCGAGUCCAUAUCGGCGUUGCGGGUUCAAAGAGGGUUUCAUGCCCUGAACUUAAGGCUAUUAUUGCACAAGCACAGGCUAAGGAAGAGGAAGAGGAAGAUGAGGAAGACGAGGAAGACGAGGAGAUAAUGCCUGCUAGAAAGAAGCGAAAGGUGGCAAAGAAGUAA